UUUUCCAGCAUGCUGGCUCCUCCUGUCUCUUCCCUUUCAGGAGACAAUGUAUAUAUAAACAUUCGAACCCUCGUUCAUCCUACGUACCCGGCCUCUGAAAAUCCACAUCUUGGGCGGACGAGGAGGACAGAGCAAGAGGAGAUCGACCACCUUUAACAAUGGCACGUUGGGCGAAGCCAGAGGUGUAUCCAUUGAUGGCGGCGAUGACAUUUGUGACCGGUUUGUGCGUAUUUCAGCUCACGAGGAACGUUGUUCCGAACCCCGAUGUUAGGAUCAACAAGCAUCAUCGGAGGACGGCGGUGCUAGACAAUGGCGAAGAAGGAGAGAGAUACUCUCAACAUGGCCUCCGCAAGUUCCUCCGCACUCGCCCGCCGGAGAUCAUGCCCACCAUCAACCACUUCUUCUCCGAAGAUAAAUGAAGAAUAAACAGCAGAAAAUGAGGAAAUUCUACGACGAUCAAGCGUGUAUUUUCUUUUCUUUUUCUCUUUUUAUCAUACUGAGACUGGAGUUUUCAUUUUUUUUUUUUUUAUGUGAUAAACUGCGUCU